AUGGGAAUUUUCAGGUCGACAUGGCUUUAUUGGCAUGAUGCACUACCGCCGCCUUGCGCAAGGGUACCACAGGCUGGCGGCAAUCGCAGUCCUGGCACAGUUGAAGACGUACACCAGGCCAUGUUGGACGGCAUAUUCGCGGCCGUGAGUCACUUGCGCACACAGAGUCGCUCGUGCCAGUUUAUUCGAUGGUCCCGUGCUUGCAGGUAUGGCACCCAGGUUCCGCGGGAAGCCGCGGCCAACUUUUCAGAAUGCUGGGAGCUCGGUCGACGUGUUACAGGAAUGGGAUUGCCAGAGCAGCUUCGAUUCCGGGAUUGCACCUUGUCAGGCUCAAGAGCCUUGAGGCUAGCAGUCAAACCGCAGCCGCUUAAAGUGGACUUGUCCACUGAGCUGCGUGUGUCUCAGGCUCUCAGCAGACGAGGUCUGGCCUUGGAGAUGGCAGGCGUUUGCUCUUUUCAGGUUCAUGAAGAGUACUCGCGCUCGUUGCUUGAGCACUUGCACAGGCCGCCUCCUCCCAAGUUUGAUCCACCAGGGAUCGACUCGCUCUUGAGAGCAGACAGAGAGAUGUGGAUCAGGGUUUCAGAAGCGGUGAAGAGCAACUUCACAGCCCCUGGUCAAUCGGGCGCAGUUGAUGCAGCCAUUCAGACGUGGCAGCACAUCAUGCAAGUUGCUUACUUUUUGGUGCCGGCGCAGCAACUGCAGCCCAGCUACGUGCAGCAGUUCUCACAGACGACACCUGCCUUGCUGAGUCAGAACUUCAGCAGCACCCUGUCAGGAGACCAUGAGCGCGUCGCCCUCGGCACAGAACGUGGAGCCGGUGAUGAGCGAUGCACUCUGAGGGAGUGUGUCGCGACUUGGCACAGCAAGCCUUCACGAAUCUGGGCGAACAAAACGUGCUACUCCUGCAUUCACGAGUUUGAGACACAUGUCUGCAUCGUGCUACAGCGCUUCCAAGUCCUGGAUACAACGGUUCAGAAGUGCCAACUGCCGGUGCAGGUCGACGCCGAAUGUGAUCUGCCAAUGUUUCGAGCUGGCUCCAUUGCUUGGGUGACCUUCCGGGUCCGUGCUGUUACUUGCCACAUUGGGGAUGACCUGGAUCUCCAGUCCCUCUGCGUAGUGCAGCUCACCCAGAUGGACUACCAGGCCUGCCUUUCAGACACCGUCACAAGGCCCUACGCUGCCAGCGUCUCAGAGCUAUGGCAGACAAGGUUGUUUGACUGCCUUCUGCAGAGCACCAACUUCCCAGACAAGACACUCGUCUCAGACAGGUGUGGCCCCGGUGGCGACCCAGACUUGGACCAGGCUUUGUGGGACCUGACGCUGCAGGAGUGCCAAGCAGGCUGGGCAGUCUUAGAGACAGGUCACGUGGAGGCUCCCUCAUCCUGCGUUCUCGGCAGACGUUUUGCAGUCAAGCAGGGAGACAAAGUCAGACCAACCGACGAUUUGUCGAUCAGCCUCGUGAAUCAGACUCUUGGCGUAGCCGAGAAGAUAGUGGUGCACCCCGCAGCCUGCGCUUUAGCCCUAGCUCUGCGUUUGCAGUCAGUGUGUGCCAGACUUUCUCCAGGAAGCACUGCUUGCAGUCUCAGGGGUCGCACGUUUGACUUGAAAGCUGCUUACAAGCAACUAGGCGUGAACGCAGACGAUUUGCAGUUUUGCAAGGUUGCAGUCUGGGAUCCAGUCAACAACAGACGCGUAGUCCUGGCACUGCGUGCUCUGCCUUUCAAAGCCACUGGCUCCGUGCACCGUGUAGCCUAG